GCCGAGCGGCGCCGCCUUUACGCGUCACCGGCGAAGCUCUACUUCUGGACCCGGGGGUUUGAACAUGUCGCGCCUGAAGGGAGUGUCUGAGCGGGAUCCCCGAGCGGGUUUCAAAGCUGAAAGGAGAGACUGCGGUGCCUCAGUCCCCCAGGGGCUGUUGAAGGCGGCGAGAAAGAGCGGCCAGUUAAACUUGUCGGGUCGGAACCUCAGUGAAGUGCCUCAGUGUGUCUGGAGAAUAAAUAUGGAUAUCCCUGAGGAAGCUAAUCAGAAUCUUUCAUUCAGUGCUACUGAACGAUGGUGGGAGCAGACAGAUUUGACCAAGCUAAUCAUAUCCAACAAUAAACUUCAGUCACUUACAGAUGACCUCCGACUCCUGCCUGCACUCGCUGUUCUUGACAUACAUGACAAUCAGCUGACAUCCCUUCCCUCUGCUAUAAGAGAAUUAGAAAAUCUUCAGAAACUUAAUGUCAGUCAUAACAAACUGAAAAUACUCCCUGAAGAAAUUACAAAUCUAAGAAACCUGAAAGGCUUGUAUCUCCAACAUAAUGAACUAACUUGCAUACCAAAGGGAUUUGAACAACUUUUUAAUUUAGAAGAUUUGGAUCUUUCAAAUAAUCAUCUUACAACUGUUCCUGCUAGUUUUUCUUGUCUAUCCAGUCUGGUGCGACUCAAUCUUUCCAGUAAUCAACUGAAGAGUUUGCCGGCAGAAAUAAGUGGAAUGAAAAGAUUAAAGCAUUUGGAUUGUAAUUCAAAUCUGUUGGAAACUAUACCUCCUGAAUUGGCUGCCAUGGAAUCACUGGAACUGCUUUAUUUGCGGAGGAAUAAAUUACGUUUUUUACCAGAAUUUCCUUCUUGUAAAUUAUUAAAGGAAUUACAUGUAGGUGAAAACCAGAUUGAAAUGUUAGGGGCAGAACAUCUUAAGCAUCUGAAUUCUAUCCUUGUGCUAGACCUGCGGGAUAACAAGUUAAAAUCUGUUCCAGAUGAAAUUACACUACUACAGUCAUUGGAAAGGCUUGACCUAAGCAAUAAUGAUAUUAGUAGUCUGCCCUAUUCAUUGGGAAAACUUCAUUUGAAGUUCCUGGCAUUAGAAGGAAAUCCUAUGAGAACCAUUCGAAGAGACAUUAUAAAUAAGGGAACCCAAGAAGUCUUAAAGUAUCUACGAAGCAAGAUUAAAGAGGAUGAAGCUAACCAAAGAGACUCUGUUAUUGAGACUGCCAUGACACUACCAAGUGAAUCCAGAGUCAACAUGCAUGCCAUCACCACAUUAAAAAUAUUAGACUAUAGUGAUAAACAAACAAUUUUGGUUCCUGAUGAAGUGUUUGAUGCAGUCAAAAGCAACAUUAUCACUUCUAUUAACUUUAGUAAGAACCUGCUAUGUGAAAUUCCAAAAAGGAUUGUAGAACUAAAGGAAAUGGUUUCUGAUGUCAAUCUCAGUUUUAAUAAGCUUUCUUUUGUAUCUUUGGAAUUAUGUAUGCUUCAGAAAUUGACUUUUUUAGAUCUCAGAAACAAUUUUUUAAGUUCUUUGCCUGAAGAAAUGGAAUCAUUGAUAAGACUACAAACAAUCAAUCUUUCCUUUAACAGGCUCAAAAUACUACCUGAAGUUCUAUAUCACAUCCCUACACUUGAAACAAUUUUGAUUAGUAACAAUCAGGUUGGAUCUGUGGACCCUGAAAAAUUGAAGAAAAUGGAAAAUCUGAUCACAUUGGACCUUCAAAAUAAUGACCUCCUACAAAUUCCACCAGAGCUCGGUAAUUGUGUGAACUUAAGAACAUUACUACUAGAUGGAAAUCCAUUCCGUGUUCCUCGAGCAGCCAUAUUAAUGAAAGGAACAGCUGCUAUUCUUGAAUAUUUGAGAGACCGAAUUCCUACUUAAAUUGGAGCUGUUUUAUAAUCUUGGUAAUAUAAGUCUUUGAAUUCUUACAUUGAUAACUAACAUUUUCCUAAGGUGUUGUGUACAUUUGUGAUGGUGAUGACCAUGUAUAGUAUGCAUACAUAUGUUCUGAAUGUUUUGUACAAGAUUUAUCCUACUCAUUUUCAUUCCCAUAUAAUAUAGUAAACGCUUUCUUCAAAAGUGAAUUCUUAUUUAAUGUAGUUUAAUAUUUUUAUAAAGACAAAGCAUUUUUGUAGAAGUGGAUUUUUUUCCCCAUUUCUGUUUGUGUGACAUAUAAUCUGAUCAAAUUACUUGAGUAUGACCAUCCAAUUUCUCUUUUUAUUCGACAUAAAAUUGAAUUUUAUUCAGUAUUGUACUUUGACAUUUAAAAAAAUAAGAGUUUUCAUUACUCGUAAUAGGACUUUUGUGGUAUAUUGGUAUCAGUAUAAGUUUUACAUUAAUAUUUGCUGUAUUGUUUUUAAUCUAGUUGAAAUGUUUCUAGCCUUUUCCCAUGUUUUAUGAAGUCGUUGUGUCAGGGUUUCUAAUGUCACAGAAAUGCUACACAAGAUAUAGUUAUUGGUAGAGAAAAUAGUAAAAAUGUUAUUACAAUUACUCUCACAAUUUUCAUUUUAAAACUUGACAAGUUUUUUCAAUGAUGUCUUAGUAUUAAGUUUCCAAACAGUAAUCUAGUACUUCUGGAUUCAAGAAAUCUAAAGAGAUUAGACCUGCAUAUUUUUCCCUCAGAGUAUGAGCAGUUAAAAAUACCUUUUGUUUCUUUUUAAAGACGUACCUAAAACCUUAGUUUAUUAAUUCUAUAGAUAUCAGCAACUGAAAAUAACACAUAACAUAUACUGCAUAGAAAUCUUGAAAUGUGCUUUGUUUAAAUAUUUACUAAACAGGUAUUUGUAUACAUAAUCUACUCUGUGAGUGAAUUCUAAUCCAACUUUGUCCAUUUUUUUUUUCCAGGACCUUAAUUUUGAAAUUUGCUUGUAAUCUUCAUAAUACUAAACUUGUAGUCAUGUGGUAAUUUUCUGAAAGGGAAGAUGUUAUAGAUGAACUUCAUUUAAUAAAAAUCAUAUAUAAACAUUUUUAUUUAUACCAAAAAUAUCAGAAGUAGGUUAAUCAGUCAUGAUAAAACUAACCAUGUGAUUCUAUUAAGAAGGCAAACAGUAGAAUGUAUAUUAAUUUAUAUAGAUAAAUAAAUGGGUAGGUAGGUAGGUAGGUAGAUAGAUAGUUUUUGGAUAAUUGAGGCAUGCUCAUAUUAUGAAAAAAAUCAUUGCUUAUAAAG